CUGAUCAUAAAAAUACCAUUCACGUUCUGUGGCCAGCUGAUCAUUUGCCGAACAAUCAAUACUUGCAGACAGCCGGUGGCAGCUCCAAUGUCUUCUGCUGUAGCGUCAUAGUGAAUAUAACCGACUGGCUUCUCAAUGAGGUACAGAGGGAAACAGCUCAUACCAUGGUGCCAUGGGACAUCAUGUCUAUACCGUUUCCAUGUCCCUUGGACGGUCAGAGGGACUGUGUAUUUCAGCAGGACUUACAGCACACAACAACAGAAACCACCAACCAACCAUGACCAAGCAGACAAACCUGCUGUGCCUAUUCAGGAGCAUGCCAUAGCUACAAUACAGAAUCUGACUGACUUGGGGAAGCAGUGGGGACAAAAGUCUGUGAGCACCGCCUCACAGUGGAGGCAGAAGUCUAUGAGCACUGCCUCAAACACAGUUAACUACUGGUGGAAGAGGUACGAGGAGUUUGUCGGCCUGAAUGAAGUCAGAGAUGCCCAGUCUAAAGUCACAGAGGCAGAAAAGGCCUUCAUGGUGACCAGAGGGAUGGUGCGUGAAGCACAUGGCAGCCUGGAGACCUUACAGGUCAGGCUGAAGGAGGUGAGAGACCGACUGGAUCGGGUCUCACGAGAGGAGGCCCACUACCUGGAGCUGGCCACGCUGGAGCACAAGCUGCUGCAGGAGGAACGUCGCCUGCGAAUAGCCUACGAGAACGCAGAGGGGGCGGAAAGGGAGAAGUUUGCCUUAUUCUCAGCGGGUGUACGUGAGAGCCACGAGAAAGAACGGACGCGGACAGAGCGCACCAAGAACUGGUCCGUAAUAGGCUCUGUACUCGGUGCCUUCAUAGGGGUCAUGGGGUCAACCUAUGUCAACAGGGUACGCCUACAGGAGCUGAAGACCUUGCUACUGGAGGCCCAGAAAGGACCAGUCAGCCUACAGGAGGCUAUCAAAGUCCAGGCCAGUAUGCAUAAGAUCCAACAAGAGGAGCUGAGAGGCCUUAUAGACACCCUGAGGGUGACACUUCAACAUAGAGCAGCUCAGGCUGAGAAGGAGAAGGAUGUGAAGAAGCCAGUGGCAGCUCCUGUUCCGGUUCCAGAACCCAUCGUGGUUCCACCUCCACCCCAACCCUCUCCAAGUGCCUCUGAGGCAGUUCUAAAAGAGAUAUUGCUCUAUAUCCAGAAGGCACAGUCUCUUAUAGAAGGAUUACAGCCCCAGCUGGGGCAGCUGGAACAGGGUGUAGGGAAGGUGGAAUCGGAACUCCUGGAAGUGAAGAAUUUGAUUGAGACGUAUCACAGAGAAGAGAAGCCGCCUGUAGUGAUAAGUCAACAAGAUUCACAGAUGUUUGUUUGUGAAACAGAGAGUGUUAUGCAAGGACUUGACCAGACGGAGAAAAGACUUGAGGCUCAGAUAAACCAGACUACCAUGUACAACACUGUUCUGGCUUACAUAGCGCUUGCUGUCACUGUUCCUGCACUGUAUGUUCUCUUUAGAGGUGUUUGACUAAUGUUAUGUACUGUAAAAUAGUGAUAUUAAUCUGACAGGGUCCAUCUUUGAUUUACAAUGAAAUAAUUACAAAUUAAUAUUGUGAUUGCUGUUCAUGUCUUUCAUACAGGGAAAAUGAACCAUGCACUGAUGUGAAAUCAAUGACUGUAAAUAUUGAGUCUGAAAUGUAAAAAAUGAGAGUACUAUAAAUAA